CAUUUUGAUAACAAUUGUAACUAACGUAGUAAAAUGUCGAUGACGUAUUCGAAUAAUACAACUAUCACGCAAACAAAAUACUUGACUAUUUGUCCAAGGGACAAUCCCGUCAUCGAUGUGCAAAAUUCAAGUAUAGGUAGGCAUUAGAACAUUUCCCUUGGAAACGAACUCACCACCGCCAAAUUGUAUAAAUUAACCGUUGAUAGUUUAAACAAUAUCAUUACCGUUCCAAGCUUUUAAGUAAGAUGAAGACUACUGUUGUAUUCUGUUUGGCGCUGUUUGCCGUGGUGCUUGCUGAUAAGUCCACAUGCAAAUUAGGCGAGACGAAGCGAGAAGAAUGUGCUAUUUGCGAUUGUUUACGUUUGCAAGAUGGAAGCAUCGACUGGUAUUGCACACAAUAUGAUUGUACCAAUCCUCACGAAGAGCUCUUAAGGAAAGAUGCCGCGUGCAAAAUAGGCGACACCAAGCAUGAAAACUGUGCUUUAUGCGAAUGCAUGACCUUCCAAAAUGGAAUCACCGAUUGGUUUUGCGCACAAGCAGAUUGUCAUUUUGAUGAUCGUUCCAAGAGGGGCUCCCCAACUGAUAUAGGUAACAAAGGCAGGAUCGACGUGGACUUGUUAUAACACAUGUUUUCCAUGAAGACGGCUGACGGAAUUCUGAAGAAGUGAUCUCAAUAUCAUAACAAUUAUUUAUUACAUUUUCGUCUUCAUUUCAUCAUAAUAAAAUUUGUAUUUAUUGUACACUAUAAUAUUAAUCAGAACCUUUCCACAAUAUUGCCCAUUUCCCAAUUGCUUCCUGCUCACUGCU